GUUAAAUCCCGACAGUGAGAGGCGAGGCAAGGCGAGGCUACGGCGGAACCGUCAUCUCAACGCCGCCGCAGUGAUGAAGGUCAGGCAGGUCACCGUGUGCCAUACCUGCCGAGCGCGCAAGGUGGGCUGCGAUGGCAAGCGCCCGUCCUGCACGCAGUGCGCCAUGUCGCGGCGCAAGUGUGCAGGAUAUAACCACGACCUCAUCUUUGUGCCCAUGUCCAAAACGGGGUCUCGUAUCCGCCACGGCGGCCAAGUCUCUUCCAAGAAGCCUUUUAUUAGGGAUGAUGAUGUCCAUGCCGAGCCACGGCGCCGCCGGGCGGCCCUGGAAGCAGACGCUCUGCCCGUGCAGCGACAAAACCGCCGAGAUCAUCUUGCCAUCGGUCCAGCUCUACAGUGGCCGCUGCAGCACAUUAUUCUCCUAUUGAUACAAAAUUUCGCCCCGGCCAUCUACCCAGACGUCAUGGGACUUGAUGCUUCGUGCUCUCCGCCACGGAUAUGCGGCUCGUGGGUGGAGCUGUUACCCGACAUGGCCGGCCAGCCGGCGAAUGAGGCCAUCAUCACGGCGCCGGUUCGGACGCUCGCAACGUCUAUUCUUGCGCGGGGCUAUCACGGCAUCGUGUCUAUGGGGGAAGCCCUGAUGGCCCAUGGCACCGCACUGCGCUCGGUCAAUCACGCGCUUGCCAAUGCGGACAAGACAAACACAAACGUGCUGGCUGCUUCAGUCAUGUGCCUGAUGAUCUCGGAGCUUAUUCUGCCCAGGCCGGACGCAGGCACGCCACAAGCUCACGCCCUCGGGUUGGAGGCGCUUUUGAAGCUUCAAGACCCGGCAUACUAUGCUGUUGGUCCGGCACAUAGACUCUUCCUCGGCCUCCGACCAGCCGUAAUUGUCCAAGCCAUUUGCGCCCGCAAUCCGACCUUUCUCGCGGAACCAUCCUGGAAGACUGUGCCCUUCCGACUCAUUAAACCAGCGCCCCUCCAUGAGCUGAUGACCGUUGCGGCUGAUGUACCAAAGUUAUUACGGGACUUUGAUCAGUUAAUGGCCGGUGUCUCGGACGGAAAGAGCAUUGGGCUGGGGCCCCAAAAAUUGCUGUCAUCACAUCUGGGCCUUCUCCACGCGCUCGAGACCUGGCAUGAUGCCUUCUACGAGCGGCUGGAGCAGCCCUCGCAUUGGUCCACCCACGAGAACGAUGACAGACCGUGUCUUUGGUUUUCGGACAUUACCAUUGCCAACUGUUUGACACACUACUGGGCGUUGUGGAUACUAUGUGUCGAGAACAUACGCCUACUGCGCGCCAAAGUCCCUGCUCUUGGCGCCUUAGCAAUGGCGAUACGAGGGCAAGUACCUGAAAACGCCGCCAUCAAAAGCCAUCUUCGGCAGGUCGCUGUUUCUAUCCUGGACAGCGCAAACUACCUGAUGCAGGACGACAUGAAGCUUUACGGAGCGACGUCUCUGAUUCUCCCACUGCAAAUCGCCUUCAAACACCUCAGGUCUCAUCAUCCUAGAGAAUGGGACUUGAUAGAGGCUUGCGACAGCACGAUUGACUUGAUCGAGGCUAAGGGCUUCCACUACAUUGGCCACUUCUUGCGGGCUACAUCCAACGGAUGAGCAGAGCCGAGUGAGCGAAAAACUAUACAUACAUGUACCUAUAUCGAUCUCCUUUCUGCGGCGACGAUUCUGGCAGGCCGCGUCCGCGAUGCGCGCCGGGCCCUACACAAUGGUUGUGGCGACACCGCGGGGCAGCCAUCGAACUUUGCCAUCGAUGCCUUCCUGCUCAAAGACGCCAAGAACCUCCUCACGACCCUGUGCAAAAUGAUCCCAGCCUUCAAAAUGCAAUGGUACCACAAUGUCAGGCUGGAUAUCGCGAAUGAGCCGUGCUGCCUGUUUCCCGUCCAUGGUAAUCACCAGGGGCGGGUCCGACACCGGGACCGACGCCGCUCCGAGGUUCAGGAUCGCGACGCUGAUGUGGAACUUUUCCUUGAGAGUUGCAAGUUCAUCGAUGUAUACGGUAUCCCCAGAUAUGUAUAUGGCGUUCGGGAGCCCGUUUGUGUCCCCGAAUUCGGCGCUGGUGAGGACGAACCCGGUGCAUUCGCCCCCGGGAAGGUGCUGGCAUGGCGUAGCCGUCACCUUGAAGUGUUUGCCGCCGACGUUGAGAUCCACAGUCUCCCAGGGCUUCAAGCCUCGCACGUCUGGCCGGGGUGCGAGCUUGUUCGCGCCGUCCACGGUGGUGAGGACCUUGCGGCCAUCGAGCAGGCGUCGACCCAAGUCGUCGAGGUUAUCCUCGUGGUCCUCGUGGCUCAACAACACGGCGUCCACGGCGGGGAUGUCUUGAAGCUGGAGGGCGGGAGAGAUUGACGUUCGCAGAAUGGUGAUGCCCUUGUCCCAUUCGGAUCCCGCCGGGGAGAAGACGGGGUCUGUGAUCAACUUGACGCCGUCGAUGUCGAGAAUGGCCGUAGCCGUGCCGAUAUACGUAAUCUUGAGAGAACUCUUAAAAGUCGCCAUGAUGAGAAACACACACAAGGUUAAAAUGAAGUUGCACGAUGGGGAAUCGGACAAGGCGCUGGCAUCAGUCUUAUAUAUAUUACAUCGUUCCAGCCCUCGACGGCGACCGCGG